AAAAAAAAAAAAAAGAAAGGAAUAGCUUAGUAUGUUUAACUUUUAAUUAUGGUUACUAUAAUUUUUCACACAAUUAUUUAGCAGUUGUCCUUUUAUCCUUUUUCCUCUCUUUCUUUCUUUUUAUUUAUUUUUUUUAUUUCAUAAAUUAUAAUGGAACACGUAACCGACAGUACCCCUUUAACAAGUUCAAUUAAAAGACGAGAUGAUUUUGCUUCUACAAGUAGUCCUUCAUAUCAUAAUAAUUCAAUUUCACAUCAAAGAGAACAGUUUGAAGAAGCUAAAGGGCAACCUAGUUUUGCAUUAGAACUUGAUAUUAGUACUAUUGAGCAUGGAUGGUACGGUACGAUGAUGAAUACUAUCGGUAGUAUUCUUGGUACUAUAGGAGCUAUUCCAUGUUGUAUUGGGUUUCCUAAUCCAUACAAGCCAGUGGAUCAAGGAAGUGUUGGUCUCAUAUCUCGAUUUGGCAAAUUUUAUAAGUGUGUUGAUCCAGGUCUUACCAAGAUUAAUCCUGUUACUGAAUCCAUUAAAAGAGUCGAUGUUAAAAUUCAGGUGGCCGAUAUUCCAUCUCAAUAUGUGAUGACAAAAGAUAAUAUUACAAUACUUAUUGAUAGUGUCUUAUAUUGGCACAUUAUUGAUCCAUACCAAGCUUCAUUUGGAGUGAGAGACGUUAAAAAAGCUUUAAUAGAAAGAACCCAGACUACACUUCGUCAUAUUUUUGGUGGAAAAACAUUACAAGAAUGUGUAGAAAAUCGAGAUGCUAUUGCUCAAGAAGUAGAAGAAAUUACUGGACGUGUAGCUACAGAAUGGGGAGUUAGGAUUGAAUCUAUUUUAAUUAAAGACUUCAACUUCUCCAAAGAACUACAAAAAUCACUUUCUGCCGCAGCACAAGCUAAGAGGGUAGGAGAAUCAAAGAUUAUUUUUGCAAAAGCAGAGGUUGAUUCAGCAAAACUUAUGAGAGAAGCAGCAGAUAUAUUAAGUACUCCUUCAGCAAUGCAAAUUAGAUAUCUUGAAACAUUGAAUAGUAUAUCCAGAACAGAAAAUGCUAGAGUUAUUUUCUUACCACCAGAUGAAGGCAACAACAAAGCUGUUUUGAAUAAUUCAUUAACCGGACAGACUACAUCAUUUGGACCUCUCCAAGCACAAAAUUAUAUGGCUUUAAGCCAUUAAUAAGAGAAGUUAACUACCAUAGUAAUAUAGUAAUUACAUUACCAUAUAAACAUAUAAUAUGUAUACAUUUAUAUAUAUUUAUAAUUUUUUUUUCUAAUAAAAACUAACCUCAAUAACAUGUAUAUUGGCUGC